CUAUUACCAAACGACCCAAUGGUUUAGCAAAACUUGACAACAAAAAGAAGGUAAAAUGGUCAAAAAAGGGAUAAAAUUAGAAUCAGAAGGAAAAAGAAAAAAUUGUGAUUGUAUCGAAAGUUCAAAACCCUGCGACGGAGAAACCUGUUUUGGCCGCUGGUUUAUUUAUCUCAUAUCUCUUCCUCUCUCUCUACGUACUCUAAAUCCCCCUAUUCUACUCUCAGCCGUGUUGGGUAUUGUUGCGGCGGCGGCGAGCGAUGGAGCUGAAACUAUCAUUCCCUGCGGAUUCUCCGCCUUUGUCUGUCAUUGUGGCGGCGAAGAUCGCCGGAGUUCCAAUAGCUGCUGAUCCAACUCUUGCUCCCGCUUCUCCUCCUAUUAUUCAUCUCCAUAAUGGACUGAAGCUGCAGGGAACUUGUGUGCUUCUGAGGUACAUUAGUCGGGUUGCUAACAUACCCGAUCUGUAUCAGCGGGACGCCAUUGAGUCUAGUCAGAUAGAUGAAUGGCUAGACUAUGCUCCUAUAUUUGCUUCUGGCUCUCAAUUUGAGGAAGCAUGUGGCUACGUGGAUGGCUAUCUUCCGCAGCACACAUUUCUUGUUGGACAUAGCCUCUCAAUUGCAGAUAUUGCAGUUUGGUCUGGCCUUGCAGGUACUGGGAAGAGAUGGGAAAGCCUACGAUCAUCUAAGAAGUACCAAAAUCUGGCAAGGUGGUUCAACUCAAUAUUAGCUGAAUAUGAUGUUUUAAAUGAAGUCCUAGCAACAUAUACAGGAAAGAAAGGCUCGGGAAAGCCAACUGCAUCCAAAGUUAAAGAGCAACAAGGCGCAAAAGCUAAUCUGUCCAAAGGAAAUGGUGAUGCCACUGCCAAGGAAAAAGAAGGUUGGAGACAGACGUCUGAGGUAGAUCUCCCAGAGGCAGAAGUUGGAAAAGUGCGGUUGAGGUUUGCUCCAGAACCUAGUGGUUAUCUCCAUAUUGGUCACUCAAAAGCAGCAUUACUGAACCAGUAUUUUGCUGAAAGAUAUAAUGGGGAAGUUAUUAUUCGUUUUGAUGAUACUAAUCCUGAUAAGGAAAGCAAUGAAUUUGUGGAUAAUCUACUAAAAGAUAUUGAAACUCUAGGAAUUAAGUACAAGACUGUGACAUAUACAUCUGAUUACUUUCCACAAUUAAUGGAGAUGGCAGAGAAAUUGAUUCGUGAGGGUAAAGCCUAUGUGGAUGAUACACCAAGGGAGCAAAUGCAAAAAGAAAGAAAGGAAGGAAUAGAAUCAAGGUGUAGGAACAAUAACAUAGAGGAGAAUUUGAAAUUAUGGAAGGAGAUGAUUGCUGGUUCAGAGAGGGGAACAAUGUGUUGUGUUAGAGGGAAAUUAGAUAUGCAGGAUCCUAACAAGUCAGUUAGGGACCCAGUAUAUUACCGUUGCAAUCAGACUCCUCACCACAGGAUUGGUGCUAAAUAUAAAGUAUACCCUACUUAUGAUUUUGCAUGCCCGUUUGUAGAUGCUUUUGAGGGUAUUACACAUGCACUUCGAUCUAGCGAGUAUCAUGAUAGGAAUGAUCAAUACUAUUGGAUUCAAACUGAUAUGGGUUUCAAAAAAGUUCAUAUUUAUGAAUUUAGUCGGCUGAAUUUGGUCUAUACACUUCUUAGCAAGCGUAAGUUGCUGUGGUUUGUGCAAAAUGGACUAGUAGAAGGGUGGGAUGAUCCUCGUUUUCCAACUGUUCAAGGGAUAGUGCGCAGAGGGCUGAAGAUUGAGGCGCUGAUACAGUUCAUUCUUGAACAAGGAGCAUCAAAGAAUCUCAAUCUAAUGGAGUGGGACAAGCUAUGGGCCACUAAUAAGAAGAUCAUUGAUCCUGUAUGUCCUAGGCAUACUGCUGUUAUUGAAGAAAGACGAGUCCUAUUGACUUUGAGUAAUGGGCCAGAUGAUCCUUUUGUACGUAUUAUACCCAAGCAUAAAAAAUAUGCGGGUGCUGGGGAAAAAGCAACAACUUACACCAAGAGAAUCUGGAUAGACUAUGAUGAUGCUGUAUCAAUCUCUGUCAACGAGGAGGUAACAUUGAUGGACUGGGGAAACGCAAUAGUGAAAGAGAUACAGAAGGACCAAGAGGGUAAUGUUACCAAUUUGUCUGGGAUUCUGCAUCUUGAAGGGUCAGUUAAAACAACAAAGUUAAAGCUCACUUGGCUGCCAGAGAGUGAUGAACUUGUUAAACUCUCUUUGGUUGAUUUUGACUAUUUAAUUACAAAAAAGAAGCUCGAGGAAGAUGAGAAUUUUGUUGAUGUUGUUAAUCCUUGCACGAAGAAGGAGACUCCAGCACUUGGUGAUUCUAACAUGAGAAACUUGAAGCGUGGAGAUGUAUUGCAGUUGGAGAGGAAGGGCUACUUCAGAUGUGAUGUCCCCUUCUCAAGGCCACAAGAACCCAUUGUUCUUUUUGCCAUCCCAGAUGGUAAACCACAACCAGUGUUGCGGUUUGCAGUCCCAGAUGGCAAAGCGAAAUGAAGAGAGACUCCGGUGAUUAAUCACUCCAGUACUGAGUUUUUAGGAAGGACUGAAGGACUACUUUUUCUGUAUUAAAUCAGAGGGGCAUGAGGACAACAGAUCUGUUGUAGAAAUUUUGAGCCUUGGAGGUGGAUGAUCUUGAACCUUUUACCCGCUUGCCUUGCCCCAUGGGACAAAAGUUGAAGAUCACUCAUUUUUGAGGUCAUCUUAUAAUUUCCUGUUUGGGUGUCCAAGUUAUUGGAUAAAACAUUAAACUAGUACAAGGUUAACGUUACAAAGAUUCUUUAUAUUAGUCCCCAUGAGCGAAGCACUUGCAUUGAAAGUAUGAAAUCCACUUAUUACAAAAUUAUGUAUUUCCUCCA